UGCUAUAAUUAGUCUCACUUUUCUAAUGCUUAUUAAUCAUCUAUUGCGUUCCUAAUACAGUCCUUUUCUCUCAUGUAUUCCUGUGUAAUACAGUCCUAUUACUGCGUAAUAGUCCACUAUUUUCAAUACAGUGCUUUACUCCUGCUAUUUUUGUUGUUGUUACUUACUAUCAUUAAUCCAUUCAUACUGUUCUAUUCAGUGGUACUCUUCUCUGCUAUUAGGUUUGUGAUUACAUAUUCAUUCUUAUUUUUAUUCCUGUGUAGAUCAUUCCAAUCCGCAUUAUAUCAAUAAAGUCCUCUGUUUGGAAUACUUUGGAGGUUGCAUCAUCCCUCUGAUAGGAGAUUGCUAUCAGUGAACCACAGACCAGCUCAAUCAGGAGGGAUUUCCUCACAGUGUGUCUGUGUGAGUGAGUGAAAGAGAGAGAGCAAUGACAUAGCUAUGAAGGAGCUUCAGCCAUUCAGGGAGGAGGAAAAUAACUCAUGGACAGAAUAAGCAGAGUGAAGGAGUAUCUACUUCUCCAAAAUCUAUUUCUUCGUCUCUCAUAUCUCUAAUAUGCUAUGGUUUCACACUUUAGAUAGACGCAGUCACUUUGAAUACUUCCUGGGGAAUUGUCUGCCGUUUUCAGAUGUACAGUGCUGGAUACAACGAGAGAUUUCUAUGCAAUUUGGACUUACCAGAUAAUGAAUUAAAUGUCUCCCUUAAGUUGUUUGGUAAUUGUGUGACUGCUAGCACCACGAGGCCUCACAUCGUUUCCAUGUCUGACAAGGGGCGGCUUUGUGAUGGCAUGGAAAACCAUGUGGGAGAAUACCUAACGAAUUAAACCAUACAAGCAACAGAUGUUACGCACUUGCCGUGCUAUAGCCACGACUCUCUUGUAUGCUUGUCUGUCUUAUAUGCUCCUGUGUAGAGAUGGCAUGUAUCUUAGUCAUUUAUCUGCGUCUGUGCGUCACAGGUGUGUUAAAUUACACACUAAGCCUACCUUUGCCACACCUCUUACACAGCAACAAGUAAAAAAAAUAUAUAUAUUUUUUUACCAGCAGUUUAUGACUAGUACCGUGAGUGUUCGGUGAUAACAUCAAUAUCAAGGAUGAUAUAUACUGUAACUGUCUAAUUACCUCCUGCUGGUUUUCUUUGAUCCAGUCAUAUCAACUUAGCCUUUCUUCGGAGUAGCAGAAGGAGUGUCUAACUCCCUCAGGACACAUCAUUGUUCUGAUGGCCAACACUGGGCAACAGGAUGACCAACUGGCCCAGAGUGACAGCGUGGGUGCAGGAAAACACAACAGGCACCACUAUGGGUCCUGCCCAGCCCCAGAUGCACAACAUCCAGGGGGUCACCAUCGACUCCCAAAUAGAGCUCAGUCCCCAUCCAACAGCAACAUCUUUAAUGAACUCUGUCCAUACACCGAGACAGAUCCACUUUUCCCCAAUGGACACAUGCCUGGCUCCAAGGUCAAUGAGAAAGUUAUGGAGAAGGACCCAGAGGAUUGUAGUACCCAGGAUGGUGUCAGAGAGAUGCCCAGUGAGUCUGUCAGGUCCAUGGUUCUGCAGAUACUGGUGCCCUUCCUACUGGCUGGACUGGGGACGGUGUCAGCUGGGAUGUUACUGGACGUAGUUCAGCAUUGGGAGGUGUUCCAGAGAGUCACAGAGAUCUUCAUCCUGGUGCCAGCUCUACUGGGCCUGAAAGGAAACCUAGAGAUGACCCUGGCCUCCAGACUUUCAACAGCAGUGAACGUGGGGAAAAUGGAGACCGCCAGAGAGAAAUGGAGUUUGAUUAUUGGGAACCUGGCACUAAAACAGAUGCAAGCCACAGUGCUGGGUCUACUGGCUGCCCUGGCAGCGGUGGUCUUGGGCUGGGUACUGGAGGGAGAUAUGCUUCUCAACCACGCUGCUCUCCUCUGCUCAGCCAGCGUAGCUACUGCCUUCCUUGCUUCCUUGCUGCAGGGGAUCAUCAUGGUGGGAGUGAUCAUCAGCUCCAAGAGGAUUGGCAUCAACCCAGACAACGUGGCCACGCCCAUCGCUGCCAGCUUUGGUGACCUCAUCACCCUGGCCAUCCUGGCCUGCCUGAGCCAGGGUCUCUACGAAUGCAUUGAGUUGUAUCCCUAUGUGUCGUACCUGGUGUGUCUGUUCUUCCUCGGACUGACCCCUCUGUGGGUGGUCGUCUCCUCCAGAAACCCAGCAAGUCGCAUUCUACUCUACACAGGCUGGGAACCAAUCAUCACUGCCAUGGUCAUCAGCAGUAUCGGAGGACUUAUCUUGGACACAACUGUAUCUGACCCGAACAUGGUGGGAAUGAUAGUCUACACGCCAGUUAUGAAUGGUAUUGGGGGGAACCUGGUUGCCAUCCAGUCCAGUCGUAUAGCCACUGAUCUGUACCACCACUGCCCACCGAGGCAGGUGUCUGAGGAUCGCAGGAGCUGCUACAACCCAUGCAGGACCUUCUGUGGCUCAGGAGCCAAUCAUCGCUCUGCCCAGGUGCUGCUCCUGUUGGUCGUACCGGGUCACCUGAUCUUCCUGUACACAAUCCACUUGAUGAAGGGCAGCACCUCUCCCACACCUGUCUUCAUCACCUUCUUCCUAGCUGUAGGCCUCCUACAGGUCUUCACACUGCUAUGUAUUGCCGACUGGAUGAUCCCUUGUCUGUGGCGGACGGGCAAAGACCCUGACAGUUACUCCAUCCCCUACCUCACUGCUCUGGCGGAUCUAUUGGGCACAGCCCUCCUGGUUCUGGCCUUCUUCCUGCUCUGGCUCGUAGGGGAGAAAGUUCCCACUGGAGACUGACACCCUGGGUGCUUCAUAUUCUCCCAUUCUCCUUUCAUUCUGCCUGGGUGAAAGCAGACAUUUCAACUGCUUUCACCAAUCCAGCCCUAUUGGAUCUGUGAUUUGUUUUAAAGUAAGGUUGGAUGCAUUCAAGCAAGGCCUGAGAACGCAAGGCCUUAGGAAAAAGCAGGUGGCUCUACUAAAAUCUGGCAGCAGAAUUAUUUUAAUUUCAGGGUUUCUUUCUCAAAGGGGGCCUGUGUCCAACCCCCUUUUUGGAUUUUUUCUGCUGAAUUUCCUCACCAGCUGAGGUACUUCAAUAGGCAUUUUGGAUAUUGCGUCAAGAAAUUCUGUGCCAACGAAAAUGAGGGUGAUGUACAUUUGGUUCAGUAUUGUGGGCAGGCAGCAUUUUAAUUGUAACAUAAUAUGUAAUAUACAUGUUUUCUAAAAUGUCUGUUAUAGAAUAUAAUUUCCCUUUAAGCUACAUACAUAGGUGAGUUUUCACAAUGUGAAACAAUAAUAUUGCAGUGUUACUUACUUAUUGUGUGACUCUUGUAUGUUAUUACAUUGUUUUGUGAGAGUUGAGAACGGGUCCAACCUGUCUAAUAAAGAAAAAUAGGAUUUCAUUUUGUUUAUAUUGUUAGGGUUGCGAAAGUUCAACUGAGAUAGGAACAAUAGUACACCUGAACUUUGUUAAAAUAAUUGUUUAAUUCAAAAGUUAAUAAAUGGCAAAUACAAUUUCCGUA